GAGCUGCGGCUACUGGCAGUUCUGCUUCAGCUUCCGCGCCCCGUUCGGGUUCGGCCAGUUUUGCGAGGAUUACCACCGGUGCUUCGAUUGCCACGAAUGGGUCUCAGGAGGCGUCUACAGGAUGCUCUUCCAGAACGGGGAGGAUUUCCACGGGUGCUUCGAUUGCUCCGUCCUCGACUCAGAUGGCAUCG